AGCAGGGAGAAUUUGGCGGUGAACCUCGGUAACAAUAACAUCUCUCUCAACUUUGAUGCCUCCUCUGGCAAGGAAAUGCCGUUCAGCCGUGGCGAAAAUGCAACUAAUGCGGAGUUCAAUAUGUCAUUUGGUAGUCAGCAGCAGCAGCAGCAGCAGCAUAUUCUGUCCUCGCGGCUGAAUCAAAGCGACCAGCAGCAGCAUAUCCUGUCGUCACGGCCCAAUCAAAGUGACCAACAGCAGCAUAUCCUGUCCACACGGCCGAAUCAAGGCGACCAGCAGCAGCAUAUCCUGUCCACACGGCCGAAUCAAGGCGACCAGCAGCAGCAUAUCCUGUCCACACGGCCGAAUCAAGGCGACCAGCAGCAGCAUAUCCUGUCCACACGGCCGAAUCAAGGCGACCAGCAGCAGCAUAUCCUGUCGUCACGGCUCAAUCAAAGUGAGCAGCAGCAGCAUAUCCUGUCGUCACGGCUCAAUCAAAGUGAGCAGCAGCAGCAUAUCCUGUCGUCACGGCUCAAUCAAAGUGAGCAGCAGCAGCAUAUCCUGUCGUCACGGCCCAGUCAAAGCGAGCAACAGCAGCAUAUCCUGUCGUCACGGCCGAAUCAAGGCGAGCAGCAGCAGCAUGUCCUCUCCUCAUGGCCGAAUCAAGGCGAGCAACAGCGAUCUGAAAGGGAUAAUGGUAUGAAGAUGAGUAGCUUCUCUAAUAGAAUUAUUGAUCAGAUGAGGAGUAAGACUGUAACACCCCCAUCUGGGCAUCAGGGUUCCCCGUUUAAAAAUGGAUUGAAGGGUAAAGGGGUUUCCCACCAAGCUGCACGCGAGGAGAUGCAGCUUCAAGCUAGCACAAGACUCAGGGCCCCUAUUCCUAAGAUUCCUAGCUCAACGCACGACUCUGUCACCAGAUUGGACGGUACAUUUUUCAACACUGCCGGAAAUGUUUCCGAAUCUCAGCAUGAGGGAACCAGCCUGAGGGAACUAAUUAAGCCUGCACGCCAAGCGAUGAGCAAAUUUGAGAAAAUGCAUUUGUUUAAGCAGAUCCUUGAUCAUGUAGACAAAUGUCAUGCACAGGGUUUAACCUUACAGCAUUUGCGGCCAUCGUAUUUUAUAGUCACAUCUCCAAACCAAGUAAAAUAUACUGGUUCUUAUACUACACAAGAUUUAUCAGCCCCAGCCAAGCCGGAAAUGGCCGCAGAUGAGGUUUUUAACAGAAAACGGUUCUUGGAUCAGAAAACUGCGCUGCAAGAAUCUAAUGGCAAUGGAAAUUCAAUCCUAAAGUAUCAGAAGGUCGGUGAACAAGGUUCUGUUGCCAUCAGGCGACCGAUACAUGCCUUCCGGACUGACCACAGAGGGGGCAACCAACGUGAAGGUGCUGAUUUAGGUGCUUCAGGACUGGGAAAUUCUAGUUGCACUGCCAGAGGACGUUUUAAGUUUGGCGAACCUUACUAUGGCAGUAAUGCAUCUUAUGCCCAGCGUUUAUCUAACUACGGCAACCAAGAAUCAGUACUUGAACCGAGGGUGCUGGAAGAUAGCUGGUACAGAAGCCCAGAAGAGCUCAGUCAAUUGAAAGGCACAUUCCCAUCCAACAUCUACAGCCUUGGGGUUCUUCUAUUUGAGCUGUUUUGCUGCUGUGAGACAUGGGAGCAGCAUUGUGCUGCAAUGUCAGAUCUUCGCCAUCGGAUCCUGCCUCCAAGUUUUCUUUCAGAAAGUCCCAGAGAGGCUGGCUUCUGCCUUUGGCUAGUGCAUCCGGAUCCUUGUUCUCGACCUAAGGCAAAGGAUAUUCAAGGAUGUGACUUGAUAAAUGAGGGUCGGGAUUUGUCGUUGUUAGAUAAGGAACCAGCUGCUGUCAAUGAGGACGACACAGAAUCUGGUUUGUUACUAAAUUUCCUUUCUCAACUGAAAGAAGAAAAGGAGAUGCAGGCUGCCAAGUUAUCAGCAGAUCUUGCAAGCUUGCAAACUGAUAUUGUAGAGGCUGAUAGAAGACACUCGUUAAGGAUGGGGUUCACUUUAGAGGACAUGGAUGUACUGGCAAGUUCUAAUGAUGUGCCAGGCAUUUCAUCAAAUGCCUUGAGAGGAGGGGCCUUGUUGUCAGGUGCGAUACUGCCAUCAGGCAGGUCAAGCAUAUACGAGGAGAGGGUGAUGAGGAAUUUGGAGCAGCUUGAAAAUGCAUAUUACUCCAUGAGGUCCACCAUUGACACAUCGGAUACUAAUGUAAUUAAGCGUCCUGAUAAUGAUGCUUUGAGGAUCCGUGAAAACUUCUCCCAACUUCACAGUGACACCGAUGUUAUGGAUGGGCAAACAGACCGCCUUGGGUGCUUUUUUGAUGGUCUAUGCAAAUAUGCCCGUCAUAGUAGGUUUGAAGUACGAGGGAUUUUGAAGAACGCUGAUAUACUUAGCUCGCCAAAUGUGAUCUGCUCUUUGAGUUUUGACCGAGAUGAAGAAUAUUUUGCUACUGCUGGGGUUUCAAAGAAAAUCAAAAUAUUUGAAUUCGAUGCUCUUUUGAAUGAUCGUGUUGACAUUCAUUAUCCUUUAGUAGAGAUGCCUAGUAAGUCCAAGCUUAGUUGUGUCUCUUGGAACAACUAUAUAAAGAACUACUUGGCAUCAACAGACUAUGAUGGCACUGUUCAGCUAUGGGAUGCAAGCACUGGCCAAGGAUUCACACAGUUUACCGAGCAUCGGAAAAGAGCUUGGUCUGUGAGUUUCUCAGAGGUGGAUCCAACUAAAUUGGCAAGUGGGAGUGACGACUGUUGUGUGAAAGUGUGGAGUAUUAACCAGAAAAAUUGCGUUGAUACAAUAAGAAAUGUGGCCAACGUAUGCUGUGUACAGUUCUCUCCAUACUCCUCUCGCAUGUUAGCUUUUGGCUCAGCUGAUUACAAGACAUACUGUUAUGAUCUGAGGCAUACUAGGAUCCCCUGGUGUACCAUUUCUGGACAUGGGAAAGCUGUCAGCUAUGUAAGAUUCUUGGAUCCAGAAACGCUUAUAUCUGCAUCAACUGACAACACCUUGAAGAUAUGGGAUCUCAACCAGACUAAUUCCAGUGGCUUAUCUACUAAUGCUUGCAGUCUGACAUUGAGUGGUCAUACCAACGAGAAGAAUUUUGUCGGAUUAUCUGUUCAUGAUGGAUACAUAACGUGUGGUUCUGAAAACAACGAAGUAUAUUCUUACUACAAAACCUUUCCCAUGCCAAUAACUUCUCAUAAGUUUGGUUCGAUCGACCCAAUAACUGGACAAGAGACAAACGAUGAUAACCAGCAAUUUGUGUCGAGCGUCUGCUGGAGAGGGAGGUCAAAUAUGGUGGUGGCUGCCAACUCUAGUGGGAGCAUUAAAGUUCUUGAGCUUGUUUGAACAAGCUGUCAGAGAAAUUUACAGAAUGAGAUCUGGGUGCUGCGGUUGUGAUGCUGUCUUGGUGAUGCUUCGGUGACUGUAUAUUCCCUAUCGACCAUUCUGCCUUGUCAAUGGACAAAUAAGGCCGAGCCAUCCGAGCGGUUGAAAUACACAGUUGUUCAGUUCAAGCAACCUGCAACUGCCGACUAUUGGUAUUGUUUGCUUGAGACUCCACCAGUGAAGUGUGCAACUGGAGGGGGUAGGAAAGGCCUCGGCUAUUCUGAAAGGUAAACUGUGUUAGGAAGCCGCUUUGACAUAGUACUUGCUAGUCAGCAUCUCAAGGACGGCCUAGGGCUAGGUGUCUGUACAGAUUUAGGGGCUCCAAGGGCCGUGUAAUAUAUAUCCUCGAACUGGUUGUGCUUUUGAGCUAGAACCUUACAUGAUAAGUCUGCGCGAUCCAUAUCUCACAGGGACCAACCCAGUUUUGGUAUGCAGUGACUAACAGUCUAGCAUGAUGUGUGCUGAAGGUCGACAUUGUUGUUCGAAGGAGCUAAUCAUGCAUCUGAUGUGUGUGA